UUACUCUACCAACCCCUCAUACCAGGGAAUCCCAGCUGAGUUUCCUGUAGAACUCUAGCAAUACGCGCGAAGAUGAUCAUUAACCCCGACCACGACUCGAAGGACGGGUUGGAAGAGUUUCGCAAAGGCUCUUCUGAUUCUCAGCAGGCAUCGAGUGAUAGCGAGUCGACUGUAUCUUCGACAAGUCCAACAAACGCAAGUGAUAUCCUCGAUCCUCCGCCCAUCGAUGAACCACCUCCAUCGUAUACCCCCUACCCUGCGCCGCCACAGGCCACAAGACCCGGUCCCAAUGCAACAACUACGACUCCACCUGGGCCCGCGACACACUCAUACCCCAAGGCUACCAACUACCUCCACAUUUCACGGAAAAACACGUCGCUGAGCGGAGAAUGGACUAUCGACCCCUUGCUCAAGAUUCCUCUACCAAUGCUGCCCAAUCUCAAGUCAGGCGAAACUGAACGACGACAUUUCAAUCUGGAGAGUUGGAAUGGCAAGAUACAAGCUGAUGUGUACUUGGCGGGUGCGAACCCUGCCGUCGCUCGACGACCUGGUAAUCCCAAGUUUGCGAUCUUGAACGUGAGCACAUGCAACGCGAGCGUCGCUUUCAACUUGCACGACCACCCCUCCUCCACCGCCUCCACACCCCGCCUCCCAGUCAAACUGAACAUCAAAUCCAUAAACGGGCGCAUCGAGCUCAAAAUCCCUCGUUCCUUCCGCGGUACCGUAACCGCCACAACCUGUAACGCCUCCACCCGAUUCUCCUACGCCAUCCAGAACAAUUCCGGAGCUGGAGACCGCAGUCUGUUCCACCUGCGCGAAGACAGGAAGACCACGACGGCUUUUAUCGGGGAGUACGGCGAGCCCGCGGGAUCGAGGAUCCAAGAAGUGGUGGGAGAUGAUGAUGACACCGGUACCAGCACCAGUGCCGCCGGCAUGGACGUCGACGACGACGCGUCCACCACCAUAUCGGACGUCUCAACCCUCAAAUAUUCCUCCGAUGAAGGGGGAGAACAGAACGACGAGUGGACAGGCGACCAAGUAACACUCUCCACCACCAACGCCAACAUCCUAAUCAGCUUCGACGACGAAGCCAAGUGGGACGGGCCUGGUUUCAUGGACACCUUAAAGACGGCUACCAACACUUUUACGAUGAACGGGUUUGGAGUGUCGUAUGGCUAUACCAUGGAGCCGCGGUAUUAUGGCCAUGGGCACGCGUCGUGGGGUGGAAGUCACUGCCGUAGUGGUAGUAGUAAAGGCAAGAAGAAAGUCUCGAAGAAGGGAAGUAAUGAUGGGAAUCGGUGUGGUGGUAGUUCGGGUUCGAGCUCGGGAGGGCUUUUUUCUAGGUGGUUCGGGUUAUGA